CAAAUUUCUAUCCCAUUUGCAGAUUUAAGCCACACUUGUUAAGAAGAUGGACAGCUAUGGGUUCUCCAGUGACAUGUUCAGUGGCCGAGCAGUUCUGGGGGAGGACAGCUCGGUCAUGGCCCGAAUGCAGAAGAAGUUCUGGAAGACCAAGCAGGUUCUGAUCAAGGCCACAGGGAAGAAGGAAGAUGAGCACGUGGUGGCCUCUGACGCAGACCUUGAUGCCAAAUUGGAGUUUUUCCGUUCAGUCCAGAUCACUUGCACAGAACUCCUGAAAGUGAUCGAGAAAUACCAGCAAAGAAUCACACACCUCUCUCAAGAGGAGAAUGAGCUCGGACUGUUCUUGCGCUUCCAGGCAGAGCAUGAUAAAACAAAAGCAGGCAGUAUGAUGGACGCCACCAGUAAAGCUCUCUGCUGUUCUGCCAAGCAAAGGUUGGCUCUGUGUGCCCCUCUCCAUCGUUUCGAACAGGAAGUGGAGACGUUCCGGAGGAGAGCCAUCGCAGACACCCUGCUGACCGUGAGCCGGAUGGAGAAAGCACGGACUGAGUACCGCGGAGCUCUGCUCUGGAUGAAGGAUGUCUCACAGGAACUGGACCCAGAUACUUAUAAACAACUGGAGAAAUUUCGCAAGGUUCAGGCCCAGGUAAGAGGAACAAAAGGGCAUUUUGAUAAGCUGAAGAAUGACGUGUGUCAGAAAGUGGAUAUGCUGGGUGCCAGUCGCUGCAACAUGCUUUCACAUUCCUUAUGUACUUACCAGACAACGCUUUUACAGUACUGGGAGAAGACUGCAUAUGUGAUGUCUGGAAUCCAUGAGGCCUUCAAAGGAUAUGUACCCUACCAGUUCACUACCCUCAAAGAAUUGAGGGACCCACUGGACCAGAUUGUCUCUGCACAAGCAGCAGAGGACAGCAAAGACGAGGACAAGAAGACACAUCCAGACAAAAUGGGUCUCUUCAGGCAAGAGGCCUUUUUGAAGGCUCUGGUUACUGAUCUUCUUGUUUCACUUGAAGAUGAACAGCUGGGUGAAUCAUCCGAUACUGUUUCUACUCGUGCAGUAGAUGGACAGAGUAGAGGAUCAGACAGUUCUUUGUGUGCCAGUCUGGACUCUGUGUUGAAUGAACAAUUAGGCCCCAUUGGUGGAGCUAGCACGGAUGACGACCUCCUAUUACUGACCCCUAAGCCUGGCCCGAUCCCUUCUCUCACUUCAACCUUGACCCCAACCCUACACCCAUCCAUGUCCGUUAUGCAGCCUCAGAUACCGCAGGAGGCCUCAAUGCCUCCUGCUAUUCAGUGGGGCGUAGGCGUUUCAUAUGAGGAAAUGCAAGAUGCCUUACCCAGCAGUCUUCCACCUAAAAUAGUAGGCAGGGACCUGUUGUCUGAGGCUUUAGACUCUGCGGGGGUGAAAGAAGAGGAGGGAGAGAGAGGUGACCUGGCCUUCCUGCAGGAUCUGCUGAGUCCUGGGGCUGCGAGUGGCGCUAGUGAGUUCAGUAAGGCAUGGCAGGAUGCUUUCGGCUCUUUUGAGGCCCCUCUUGCUCCUGUUGCUGCUGCUUCACCACAAGCAGGAACGGCAAACACACCCACUGGCUUCCUGCCAUCACAACUCCUGGACCAUAGCCUCAGUACCACAGGAUGGGCGACUCCACCUAUGUUUCAAGCCCCGCCCCUCCAGCCACCUUCCAGUGGAGGACAGCCUACCCAGAAUAGUCCAAACUCUUCUACCAGUAGUGCACCUAAAGGAAGGUCCAGGGACAUGUCUGCCUGGUUUAACCUCUUUGCAGAUCUGGACCCUCUGUCCAACCCAGAUGCUAUUGGGCGCAGUGAUCAGGAGUUCCUCAAUGCCUGA